GAAUUGAGAAUUUUUUUUUGAUUAAACAUGAUAAAGUGUCUUCCCCUUCCGUCCUCAUCCUGCAGCAUUAUUAAAUAAUUGCAGAUAUCCUAAUUUAAUGUUUAAAAUAUUAUGGAUAAAUGCAACUUCUAACUCUACUUUGAAGUGAAUAUCUCUUUUUAUCUUUAUGGCCAGACGGAUCCAUAAUUGAACCAGGCGAGCCGUUCGUUCCGAUUCAAUCCGACCCGACCCGACCCGACCCGACCCGACCCGAUAGAGCAGCUUAAUUCAGAAACGACGCCUUAUUUUGGGGGUGAAAAUGGCGGCAUCAUUCAGAUGGGUACUACAGCUACACAAGGAUGUACCAAAAGCAGCAAGAUUUUACUCAGAGGGUUUGGAUUUCUCUGUUAAUGUUUGUACUCAAAGAUGGGCUGAGCUCCAAUCUGGGCCCCUCAAACUUGCGCUCAUGCAUUCAUCAAGUGACAUUGGUGUGCAGAAGGGAUACUCAUCCCUCCUGUCCUUUACAGUUGAUGAUAUAAACAAUUCGGUGACCAAGCUAUUGGCUUUAGGUGCUGAGUUGGAUGGCCCCAUCAAAUAUGAAAUCCAUGGAAAGGUUGCUGCUUUGAGGUGUGUGGAUGGGCAUAUGUUGGGUCUUUAUCAGCCAUCCUAAGGCAUCCUUGAAACAACCACCUGCACGUAAAAGCAAUUGCGACCUAUGUCACAAAGGCAAAAAUUGGUUGCUCGACGUAGAUUUGGCAUUCGGGUAUUAUUGAAAGAGAAAAUGAACUCUUGUUCAUGGAGGUGAAAGCACAAAAAGAGAGAGAGAUUUUCAUUACAGUACCCAAUUAUUUACAACCAUUACAAUAGUUUAAUUCCUACUGUAUUUGUUUUGAUGUUCUUCUGGUUAUGAUUAUGGAUUCAAUUUUUAUCCUUUUGUAACAUACAUGCAUAUCCUGAUAUUAAAAAUCAUUCAUUCAAA